ACCCACACUCGACACACGGCUUCAGCCCAAUUGCCACGACCAACACCACCAUGGCAGCCCAAAAACCCGUCCAAGUCGCAAAGUCAUUACCGCCACGCUUGCUGAACUUUUUUCAAAAGUACCCCCCGCCCUCGCUCUUUCCCAGUCUCGCAUCCCAACUUGCAUCGCCAACGGCAGGCGCAACCGCCGACACGACAGCGAUAUCACCACCCACAUCCACACCCACACCCUCAACCGCGCCCUUAAAUUCAAACAUACCGCCAGAAGCACAUGACCUACCCUACCCCAACCCGUUCCUCCCACACAAGAACUUCGCGACAGGGCGAUGGCAGUCGCCAGCCUAUGGCCUGCGAAAACAAGCCGAUUUGGUCAAACUCGCUUCCCAGCACGGUGUCGUCGACCUACUACCAUGGACCAUCAAGAAACCUGGAGAGAAAGAGCGUAGAAGGAUAGAGAGGGGGCUGCAAGUCAAGGGCACGGGUGAAGGGCAGAAGGUCAAGGGAAAGCUCUGGGAGCGAACACUCAAGGGACGCCUGGAAAUGAGACGGCAGGCUAUGCUAAACAUGCCAGCUUUGAUCCAGGAAUGGAAGCAAAAGGGUCACGGAAGAGGCUGGAAGGCCUGGCCGAGCGGAAGGGCAAAAUAGGCUGGCUACUGCUCGAGUCCACAUGACUUGCAAUCAAAUAUACCAUAUUCCCCACCAAAAAAAA